UUGCGGCUCCUCACGUUGUUGAGUUUUAGGAGCCAAACAAAUAACUAUGGCGGAUAGUGCAAGCGAAUUGGAGAGCGAUACAAGCUCUAUAGAUGGUGGCCCUACUCUUAAACCACCUUCACCAGCUGCUGUUGAGCAGCUUCAAAAGAGAAUUGAGUCGCUUCAACAAGAAAAUAGGGUUUUGAAGAUGGAACUGGAAACUUACAAGUUAAAAUGCAAGACCUUACAAGAAGAGAAAAAAGAACUCCAGAAAGCCAGUGUAAAUAUUCAAGCUAGGGCUGAACAAGAGGAGGAAUUUAUUAGCAACACCCUACUGAAGAAAAUCCAGGCUCUGAAGAAGGAGAAAGAGGCACUGGCCAUGAAUUAUGAACAGGAAGAAGAAUUUCUAACAAAUGACCUCUCAAGAAAACUACACCAGCUGAGACAAGAGAAAGUAGAACUAGAACAAACUCUGGAGAAAGAGCAGGAGUAUCAGGUGAACAAACUAAUGAGGAAGAUAGAGAAACUGGAGAGGGAGACACUGUCUAAACAAAGCAACUUAGAACAGCUGAGAAGAGAGAAGGUGGAAUUAGAGAAUGCUCUUGAACAAGAACAGGAAUCUUUGGUGAAUCGCCUCUGGAAACGAAUGGAUAAAUUAGAGACAGAGAAAAGAUUGUUACAAGAGAAGCUGGACCAGCCUGUGACUGGACCCCCCUCCCCACGGGAUAUCAACAACGGGGACACAGCUCAAAACAUCACUGACCACAUUGCUAAACUUCGUAAGGAAGUUGUCAGUCUCAAGUCCAACCUUCGAGCUGCCCAGAUUGAACAUGAAGAAAAAAUGGCACAGUAUGCACAGGAGGAAAAACACAUCAGGGAAGAGAAUUUAAGAUUACAAAGGAAAUUACAGCUGGAGAUGGAGAGGAGAGAGAACUUGUGUCGACACUUGUCUGAAAGUGAAUCCAGUCUAGAAAUGGAUGAUGAAAGGCAUUUUAAUGAGAUGGCUAAACACCAAGACUCAAGUCAUGGUGCCAGACCUCGCACAGUAUCCAGUCCCAUUCCUUAUGCUUCCCAAGAUGUAACACGACCCCUGUCCCCAGGAAUGAAUUAUCCAGCAUUUAGCCCUCCCAGCCCCAUGAGGAGGAGUUUGGGAGGAGGGACGUCACCUUUUCAUCCUCCCUCUCAUCUGCCAGGGACCUCCCCUCCAGUUCAUGGUCACAUAGCAAUGCAGACUAGCUCCAACCAUCCCCAUGGACAUAAACAUAGGCCAAGCUCUGAAAAGUUUGCCAGACCAAGUAGCUUUCCAGACCGCAGUGAUAAGACAUGAGGAAUGUAGCAUGUGAUGAUGACGUCGUUUGCCACACGGUGCUCAGAAGUAGGCACAAUAAGGCCACAGAUCCCACCAGCCUCCCGGGGAUUUUUUCAAGCAUCACCCUGACAGAGAUUGGUCAGGGACUUUGAUUUGUUUUAUUUGAAUGGUGCAUUCUUGUUAUUGCCAUCGAUAUUUCAGCUUGUUAGUUGUUAUGAGAACAUUUUGGAUCAUUCCAUUUCUUGAGAGGGGGAUUAUCUACUGUCUUGUAUUCAUAUGGAGCUUAAAAUACUGCAAUGAAUGUAUCUAGUCUUUUUAUCACUCUUUGGGGGCAAAAUCCAGCUACCUUGAGUAAAUAAUGUAUUUGUAGUUUCCCUUAUUUGUGGAGCAAUUCUUUUUUUGGUCAUUUAUGCCAUUGUAUUUUUUUAAAAUCUUUUUUUUUUUUUUUUUUUUUAAUCUUUUUUUUUUCUUUAAACUAAUAGCAAGUGCUUAGUUAAUAGCAUACAUUGUGAUGUUUGUGUAUAUUCAUAGUAGUGUUGGGAAUCCUUUGUAAUUUUAUGAUCAGUCAUCACUAAUUCAAGAAUAAUCGUAGAUGAAUAAUCAAUUUUCCAGAGAUAUAUAUUAUUAAUCUGAAUUUUUGUUGUAUCGGUUUAUUUUUUUUAUUCUUGAAGCACUGAAAAUAUCAAUAAUUUAUUAAACUUAUUGUCUGUUCACUUUCAACAUAACAUAUUUUUAAACAAAUGGUCACUAUUAUAAAACUCUGGUUGGAUAAGGAAUUAUUAAAGGAAUUCCAAUUGUUCAAAAUUUUACUGUGAAUGUAAUACACAUUGAUAACAAAGAGGGAAAAAAUUGAGUCAUAAGAAACAAAAUUGCAGUUAAUACUUCAAAAUUGAUCACUGACUCGACUUAUUAGAUAACCAAUUUUCCAAAGCAGAUGUUGUGAAGUCGGUAAAACCAAUUACAUGUAAUUGGAACACCACUUAUGUUUACAUGCACUUCAAAUGUCAAAAAAAUUCAUGAUGGGCCAUUUUUCUGCUUUGUCAGAAACGAAUUUUACAAGCAUUUUCCCCUAUCCACUUCUGAGUUAUAACAAGUAUCGAGAGUAUCGGAUGUAUUGGAGGAAGAAAAAAGGAAAAAAGAUGGAAAAUUUUGUUUCAGAAAUUUUGUGUGUCAUUUAAACAUUGAUGAUUCAGAGAACCAAGAGGUGUUAGUAGUUAGAAUAUGUAAAUAGCUAGGAAUAUAAUGUUAUGACUGUAACAUGUUACACUACUCGGCAGCUUCUUGUCUCUUUUAUUAUGUAGUUUUUUCCCCCCUCAAAUGUAUCUGUUGCUUUCUGUUGUGUGGGGCAUUAACACCUAAAGUAUUUUUUUUCUUAUUAUUUACCCCAGAAUAUUUGAUGUGCAUACCACAAUUACUAAGAGAACGUGUAUUUCUAUAAACAAUGAAUUUUUUUUACCAAAGUAGAAAUUGGAUUUUUACCAUUUGCCUCCUUACCUAGAUUUCAAAUGGGAAGUUAAGACAUACUUGAUAAAAUAAAGCUAAAAACAAUGCCAUCUUCUGCCCUCUUGUUCACAGAAUAUUACAGUUGUAAUAUCAAAAGGAAAAAAGGCCAUUUAAGUUGUGUUUUAUGAGUACAUUUUAUAGGAGUGAGCUAACUCAAAGAAAAUAAGCAUUAUCGUUAAUUGAUAUGGAAUCAUUUUGCACAUAAUGUACUUAAUAUCAAAAUUAUAUAUCAUUAGAAUUUGUAAGCUCUAUUUAUUGGUGUAUGCUGCUUUUACAUGUAGUUAUGCACAAUAUGUUGACGGGGGCAGAUAAUGCACAAUAUGUUGACGGGCAGAUAAUUUUAAAGGGACUUCCUGGAUAGAUAAAACCAUUAUCAUGGUGUGUGAUUUUUAUUUUUCUCUGUAUGUAUUUAUUUGCAAGUCACAUUUCGUAUUGAUUAGUGAAUUCCUUACUAAAGAUACUCAAGACACAAGAUUAUUACACAUGAUCAUUAAAGAUGGAUUUUGGAGUUUUCAGUACAUCAUGUAUAUUAUGAAUUUGAUUUGGAUGAAACUAUUGCAUUUUGUAUUCAGAAGGAAAAAGUAGGAAAUAGCAGUCAUUGACUUUCUAUUUAAUAUCAAUAUCUUGAAAGAAUAUUUAUGCAAAAGUGAUGGUAUAAAUUAAAGAGUAUUUUGUAAUGAUUUUGUCUUUUAAAAAUUGUCAUUGAUGCACAUAUUUUUUCCCCAUAUAUCAAAAAGAGUCAAGAGUUUUUAUACUCAUAAAAAAAGUUUAUAUAGAAAUUUCUUAACACGUUUUUCAAUUCAAAUUUACAAAACUGAAUCACAUUUAAUUAUUUAAAAGUGAUAAGGCAUGGAGGAUUAUUUACCUUAUUAAUUUCAUGCUCAGCUUCGUUAUUAUUUAGAUACAGCAUAUUGCUGUAUCGCUGAUUCAUGUGGAACUUCGUUUGCUGAACACUGCAGCUUAAUUGCCAGGAAAAAGUACACCAAUACUUGCUUCUUCCAUUUCAAAGGAACUGUUUCAUGUUUUUAUAUCGGAUCUUCAUUGUUCAUAUUUUGUCAUAGGUAUUUUGAUGUGUAAAACUCUAUAUAAGUACAGUAUAUAGUGCGUGUUAAUGGAAUGUUUUAGAAAAAAUUCUCCCCUAGUCAGAAGAUAAGAACAUCAUUAUAUAAGUGUGAUCAGCAUAUCAUAUAAUAUGGUGCUGGAGGUGCCAGAAGGAAAAAAAUAUUUGUUUUAGUAUGGUUCAUCUGUUUGUUGUUAAUUGUAACACAGGAUUAUGUGCUUUUAAUUUUUUUUUUCCAGUAUUGGAUAUACUUUUGCAAAUUGUGAUACAAGUUAAUCGUUAGCAUGAAUGCAUUUACAUGUGAUAUGCUGCUUUGUGUGUAAACAUGGGAAUAAAUGUCUUCAGCUGUAAA